AUGUGGAGUGAUGGUGAUAUCGGGGCAGAUUUAAAGAAACUUUCUACUGCUAUGACUAGUGUUAGAAAAGCUGUGGGGGAUGAAUGUCAAGACUUUCAGGGUAACGGUGGUACAAAUGGCCCUGCUAAUAAGAAGGCAUGUGAGCUCAUUGUAAAGGGAUUAGAACACAUAUAUAAGAUUCCUGUAGAUGGAAAGGACAGCCCCAAGCACCAGAAGGAUAACCAAUUAUUCAAGAGAACAAUGUCUUGUAUCCUACUCAAUGCAUUAGCAGAUAAAUUGCUCACCGCAGGAACUUCCUGUGGUAUCACAGAAGUAGGAAUAAAAAAAAUGUUUCAGAGAGGAAAUGAAAAGAUGGAUGAUUGGUGUAAGAUUGGGGGUGAAGCUAACUGUGUUAAGUGUGAAAGGAUAACUAACCUUAAAGAUUGUGAAAUAGGCGAAGAGGGUAAUAAAACCAAUGUAAAGGACAAAGUGAAAGGAAUGCUUGACAAUGAUGAGAACAAUAAGCCAGAAAUAGAGCAAGGUCUGGAAGAAAUAACUAACAUAUGUCAGACCACUUAUUCCACCAAUCACCAACUUGAUGCACAAGCUGCUAAACCUCCGCGCCCUACAAAUGAGAUCGAUAUGGUAGAUACCAUCCUUCCUGAAGCUGGUGGCCCCGCUACUAUUGAACUGUCUACAGGUACUGUGAAACUUCCGCCAGAACCUGAUCCUAAAUUAUUGGAAGGGGUGACAGGUGGUGAGGAAGGUCCAUCGGUGCCUCUUCCUCAAGCUCCAGGUGGAAUUAAACCACAGGGACCGAGGAAGUUAACGAUUGAAGGGAUCGUCCCUUCCGACCUCCUUACUCCAUACAUUCCUACCAUUCCUGUGUUCCUUGGUAUCUCUGCUAUGACCUAUCUCCUUUGGAAGUACUUUGGAAUUCUUCGUAAAACAAGAAAACGUUACAGAAGAGCUUAUCAAAUACGUGGUCCAAUCUUACAAGAACAAAUCAUGGACCAUGCGGACCAACCUCGUCCACGUGAAUAUACCUUAGUAAAGGAAUGCAAGCCAAGAUCAACACCAAAGAUAAGGAGGAAAAGGGAAAGUCCUGGCCGUCGUGUCAAUCGCCGCAUGAUUAUUGAUAUUCAUUUAGAAGUCUUAGACGAAUGUCAAAAAGGGGACAUACAUUCGACGAAGGAGGACUUUUUUGAAAUUUUGGUUCAAGAAUUCAUGGGAUCAGAGUUCAUGAAAGAGAAAAGUGUUUCUGAAGUUAAUGUUCCUAAGGAAGUUGUUCCUAAGGAACAGGUUCAAAGUUCACAUUCCUGGUUUAGGGAAGAAGACUUUAUUCCUAAGGAAAACUUUAUCUCUAAGGAAGGUGUUCCUUAG